CAGCGGAGCCGUAGGGGGAGGUGCCCGGAAGAGCCGGCUGGGCCGUAGGGGGAGGUGCCCGGAAGAGCCCAUUUCCUCCUCCCCAGUCGGGACGGGCGCGGCGCAGAGACAAAGCGGCUGAGGCGGCUCCGGGCUCAGGAUCCACCGGUGCCUUUUCCCGUCCGGGACUCGCAGACUUCUUCUCCUUGUCCAGAUCUGUUCCACCCCCCAACAAUCUUCUAUACUUUGAACUUUUUGAAGCUGCACUUUUAGAGAGAGAAAUGACUACUGUUAAUGCAGGCAAUGUUAACUUCAAAUGGGACCCCAAAAGUUUAGAGAUAAGAACACUGGCAGUUGAAAGACUAUUGGAGCCCCUGGUGACACAGGUUACAACGCUGGUUAAUACCAGUAACAAGGGUCCUUCCAACAAAAAAAGAGGACGCUCUAAGAAGGCCCAUGUUCUGGCUGCAUCGGUUGAACAAGCAACAGAGAAUUUCUUGGAGAAGGGAGACAAAAUUGCAAAAGAGAGUCAGUUUCUUAAAGAGGAACUAGUGGCAGCUGUGGAAGAUGUUCGCAAGCAAGGUGACUCAAUGAAGAGUGCCUCAGGAGAGUUUGCAGAUGACCCCUGCUCUUCAGUGAAACGCGGGAACAUGGUACGAGCAGCCCGUGCUCUUCUGUCUGCUGUUACCCGGCUGCUUAUCUUGGCUGACAUGGCGGAUGUCUACAAGCUACUUGUUCAGCUUAAAGUUGUGGAAGAAGGUAUCCUGAAAUUAAAAAAUGCUGGUACUGAACAGGAUUUAGGAAUACAAUACAAAGCGCUCAAACCAGAAGUGGAUAAGCUUAAUAUAAUGGCAGCCAAAAGACAGCAGAUGCAGACCUUGCUGCUAUCACCUCAAACCCAGAUUCCUGCAACACUGUCUACAUGGGAAAACCCCUUUAAAUCAGCAUGGAAACUGAAGCUGGAAUUGAAAGAUGUGGGUCAUCGUGAUCAGAUGGCUGCAGCUAGAGGAAUUCUGCAGAAGAACAUUCCUAUACUUUACACUGCUUCCCAGGCCUGUCUGCAGCACCCAGAUGUAGCAGCUUACAAAGCCAACAGGGACUUGAUUUACAAACAACUGCAGCAGGCGGUCACAGGCAUCUCAAACGCAGCUCAAGCUACAGCGUCUGAUGAUGCUGCCCAACAGCAGGGUGGAGGGGGAGAGCUGGCUUAUGCACUUAACAAUUUUGAUAAACAAAUUAUUGUGGAUCCUUUGAGCUUCAGUGAGGAACGUUUUAGGCCUUCCCUGGAAGAGCGCCUGGAGAGCAUCAUUAGUGGAGCAGCCCUAAUGGCUGAUUCAUCUUGCACACGUGAUGACCGACGGGAACGCAUAGUUGCAGAGUGUAAUGCAGUGCGACAGGCCUUGCAGGAUCUACUUUCAGAGUACAUGGGGAAUGCUGGACGCAAAGAAAGAAGUGAUGCACUGAAUUCUGCAAUCGACAAAAUGACUAAAAAGACCAGGGACCUGCGUAGACAGCUCCGCAAAGCUGUUAUGGAUCAUGUGUCCGAUUCUUUUCUGGAAACCAACGUUCCACUUUUAGUAUUGAUUGAAGCUGCCAAGAAUGGGAAUGAAAAAGAAGUUAAGGAGUAUGCACAGGUUUUCCGUGAACAUGCCAAUAAGUUGAUUGAGGUUGCCAACUUGGCCUGUUCCAUCUCAAACAAUGAAGAAGGCGUGAAACUAGUUCGCAUGUCAGCAAGUCAGCUUGAAAAUCUCUGUCCUCAGGUUAUCAAUGUUGCGUUGGCUCUUGCUGCAAAACCACAAAGUAAACUAGCACAAGAAAACAUGGAUCUCUUCAAAGAACUAUGGGAAAAGCAAGUCCGUGUAUUGACAGAUGCUGUAGAUGACAUCACUUCCAUCGAUGACUUCCUGGCUGUUUCAGAGAAUCAUAUUUUAGAAGAUGUAAACAAAUGUGUCAUUGCUCUCCAAGAAAAAGAUGUUGAUGGUUUAGACCGAACAGCUGGUGCAAUUCGUGGACGUGCAGCUAGGGUCAUUCAUGUUGUAACUUCCGAAAUGGAUAACUAUGAACCUGGAGUCUACACAGAAAAGGUGCUGGAAGCAACAAAAUUGUUGUCCAAUACAGUUAUGCCCCGUUUUACUGAGCAAGUGGAAGCUGCAGUGGAAGCACUUAGUUCUGACCCUGCUCAGCCAAUGGAUGAAAACGAAUUUAUUGAUGCUUCUCGAUUGGUGUAUGAUGGAAUUCGGGAUAUCAGAAAAGCUGUAUUGAUGAUCAGAACUCCUGAAGAGUUGGAUGACUCUGAUUUUGAGACUGAAGACUUUGAUGUCAGAAGCAGAACAAGUGUUCAAACUGAAGAUGAUCAGCUCAUUGCUGGGCAAAGUGCAAGAGCUAUCAUGGCUCAACUCCCUCAAGAGCAAAAAGCUAAAAUUGCUGAGCAAGUAGCAAGCUUCCAGGAAGAGAAGAGUAAAUUGGAUGCUGAAGUAUCAAAAUGGGAUGACAGCGGUAAUGAUAUUAUUGUAUUGGCAAAACAAAUGUGUAUGAUUAUGAUGGAAAUGACAGACUUCACCAGAGGUAAAGGACCACUAAAAAAUACAUCAGAUGUGAUUAGUGCAGCCAAGAAAAUUGCAGAGGCUGGGUCAAGGAUGGACAAGCUGGGACGGGCUAUUGCUGACCAUUGCCCAGAUUCUGCCUGCAAACAAGACCUUCUAGCCUAUCUACAGCGUAUUGCUUUAUACUGCCAUCAGUUGAAUAUCUGUAGCAAAGUUAAGGCAGAAGUUCAAAACCUUGGAGGAGAACUGGUGGUCUCUGGGGUGGACAGUGCUAUGUCUCUGAUCCAAGCUGCAAAGAACCUGAUGAAUGCUGUGGUGCAAACUGUGAAGGCUUCCUAUGUGGCAUCUACUAAAUAUCAAAAGUCUCAAGGAAUGGCUUCCCUGAACCUUCCUGCUGUGUCUUGGAAAAUGAAGGCUCCAGAGAAGAAACCUCUGGUCAAGAGAGAGAAGCAGGAUGAAACUCAAACCAAAAUCAAAAGAGCAUCUCAGAAGAAGCAUGUUAAUCCUGUGCAGGCUCUCAGCGAGUUCAAGGCAAUGGAGAGUAUUUAAAGAGAAGUUUUUCCUUCAGACCACUACUGCUACUUCCAGAACUUUACUUUUAAUAUUCUAUGGAUUUCAAAAGUUUACUAUUCAUUAAAAUGUAUUUACUUAAUAUAAUUUGGAUAACUUUGUUUAGAUUACAUGGGGAAAUACUCAAAUUUAUAAAUCCUAUCAAUACAACCUCAGCCUGCAAAUGUUUUAAUGUUAGGUUGCUUUUAGACUUCAGGGGCAUAUUUCUAGGUGACAAUUAUUUUUUAUAACUCUGCUAAACUAAAAUAUAUCCUAUAACCAAAGAAUCUUACACUAAUCAUUAACCUUAGUAGUUGGAUCAUGUUAUGCCUUUCAAUGACUGCAGUUUUACAUUGUGAUCAAGAAGAAAACACUCAAAAGAGAGAAUUAAAUUACUAAUGGAUGCACUAGUGUAUUCACACAUGGUAUGUGUAGGGGAUAAACUUUGUGUUUAGAGUGUGAGGAUAGCAGGUGCUAGCUGUGCUUCUUAUACAAUAAGGCAGCAGUGAACAAACAUCUGGGAAAGUAAUACGCUGUCGCACACUUUUCUAACCUGAGUGGGUUUGAUUUUUCUUUUUUAAAUUGGAAUAGAGCUUUUUGUUGCAUUUGUUUUAAAAUUGCUGUUUUCCAAGACACUACUUGAGCUGUGGGUAUUAGAGCUAUUUGACAGAAAAUGGUGAGUCAUGCCUAUUAAAGCAUCUUGAGGGUAAAGUAUUUUGUGGUUACUUUGCAAUAGGCCUUUUUGUUUCAUGUAUGUCUCUCCAGGAGGAGAACCCAUAAGAAAUUCAGUGAAACAUAUAAUGCAUCAUGGAGGAAACUGAUUACUUUUUUUAUGACACAAAAUGAGAAUUUUAAUGGUUGGUUACAAAUUACUAAUGUACUUUGCCACAGGACACUAAUAAAGUUGCUUUAUCA